CUUCUUCCGGAAGUCGCGCCCAGUCACGCAGGGCUCCUCCCACCACCGGUGACGUCAAACUCAGCUCCUACCACUGCUCUGCCUCCGCCUCCAGGCGCGGGGAGGGCUGCCGUUUCCUUACAAUAAAUCCUGCUGCUUCCGGGCCCCUAACCAGUCCAAGCGAGGGUUUUGAAGUUCUUGAGUGUGCAGGCCUCGGAUGCGCAUGAGUAGAGGUUGAGAGGCCAGAGCCUGGCUAUCUGGAGGCCACCCCCGCAGAGGCCAUUACCCCUCUCCGCAACUUGUGCUGCACUUGGUUCCGCCGAGACCCACGACGGUUCCGCCCCCUUCUUCCUUGUCAUUGAUGUUGUUGUUCUUGUCAGUGCCGCAGCCCCGACCACCGGGAGCCCGAACCCGAGCCGGGGCCGCCCGGGUGGCGCGGUGGCGGCGGCAGCGGCUGCGGCUGCAGCAGCUGCGACGGCUGCGGGGGCUGCUCCGGGGACUGCGGGGGCGGCCGAGGACCGGCAGCCUGCGGCGGGGCCGAAUGGCUCUGUGCGGACAAGCGGCAGGCGCCGCGUCGCUGCCCAGCGAGCUAAUCGUGCACAUCUUCUCCUUCCUGUCCGCUUCCGACCGGCUACGGGCCUCGGCCUCCUGUUCUCACUGGCGCGAGUGCCUCUUCUACCCGGCUCUCUGGCCCCAGCUCCGCAUCUGCCUCCGCGUCUCGCCCUCGGAGCAGCCACGGCUCGAAUUCCUCAUGCGCAAGUGCGGCUGGUUUGUGCGAGAGCUGCGCGUUGAAUUCGCCGCGGAGAAUUACCUGAGCGGCGGAGGCGGCCCGGGCGAUGGAGGCCGCGUCGACACCAGGACUGGCGGGGAAGAAGUCGAAGCCCUGCAGCUCUCAACCCGUUGGCUGGAAGUGCUACGCACCUACUUAGAGCUGGUGCUGUGCGUGCUGGUCAGCAUCCGGAACAACAGGAACCUCCAGAAGUUUAGCCUUUUUGGAGACAUAAGCGUUCUACAGCAGCAAGGAAGUUUGUCAAAUACAUACCUCAGCAAGGUGGACCCUGAUGGCAAAAAAAUUAAACAAAUUCAGCAGCUGUUUGAAGAAAUACUUAGUAAUAGUAGGCAACUGAAGUGGCUGUCUUGUGGGUUUAUGCUGGAAAUAGUAACCCCAACAUCACUGUCAUCUCUCUCAAACUCUAUUGCCAACACCAUGGAGCACCUGAGUUUACUGGACAACAAUAUUCCUGGUAACAGCACCCUUAUCACCGCAGUAGAACUGGAGCAAUUCGUGAAUCUACGCUCACUUGCCCUGGAUUUCUGUGACUUUACAGCUGAGAUGGCAAGAGUCUUAACCGAUAACAACCAUGUGCCUUUGCAGCGACUUUCUCUCCUGGUCCACAAUGUUUCCGUGAUGCACAAGUCUCUGGACAACAUGCCAAAUGAUGAGCAUUGGAAAGCCUUGUCAAGAAAGAGCACCAACCUCCGAGUCUAUAUAAUGGCUUUUGAUAUCAAGAGUGAAGAUAUGUUAAAGAUUCUGAAACCCAGUAUACCACUAGAGAGGAUUCAUUUUGACAGCUACAUCACUUGUGUUUCAGGAGCUAUUGUUGAUCUUAUAUCUAGGCAGUAUGACAAGUUCCUCACUCAUUUUAUAUUAAUGAAUGAUGUGAUUGACACAUCUGGUUUUCCAGAUCUUAGUGACAACCGAAAUGAAGAUCCGUUGGUUUUAUUAGCAUGGAGGUGCACAAAGCUCUCUCUUCUGGCAAUUCAUGGUUACACAGUGUGGGCACACAACCUCAUUGCCAUUGCUCGUCUUCGUGGCUCUGAUCUAAAAGUACUUGAAGUCACUGAAGAAAGCAUUGAUUUUGACCAAGGUGAACUGGCCGACCAGGAUGUGGAUCCAGUACAUAACCUUAUUGAGCAGGUAUCCCUGGGCCUAGGUCAACCUUGGCAUGCGAUCAUGGACAUCGAAUCACUCAGUGUCUUCACUGAACCAAAUCGUCAUUUUUACAGAGAGAUGCAAAGCUUCAGCGAAGACAUUUAGCUUUUUUUAAAUGUACAAUUCCUGUGGUUACAUAUGCAAGUAGGGUCCUAUUACGUUUUUUUUCUUUCAGUAGUGUGAAUUAAUCCCUUUGUGCUGUGUUUAAUCAGUAUUAGCUUUAUAGAAUUAUAUAUGUAUAUUCUACUUCUUGAUCAAAGAACGUAGUCAGGUAUUGGUUUAGAAGUUCAAAGUGACAAUGUAUAGGGCUUUCACGGUUAAUGGACUUGUUACCAAACCUUAAGAAUAUACAACCGAAGGUUGUCUGAGGUUGCUGGCUAACUUUAUUUUUUCACUGAGUUACUCUGCCUUUUGAUGUUUUUAUUCUUUGUGUGUCAGAGCUCAGGAGCCAAAAUAUUUUUAUACAUAUAUAGAUAUAUAUCCAUAGCCUGGUGGAUUUGUAUGCAAUGCACUGCAUUCAUUCAUUGUGUGAUAGCAUUUCAUUAAUUUUUCUUUGAAAUGGAAGGAGGGAGGAUAAUACAAUCCCAAAUGCGUUAUCUUUAACAGAAAAGCCAAGCCUUUAACUUUCAUUACAUAUAUAAUAGUUGAUAUCACCAAUUACCAUUCUCAAUUUUGUAUAGUACUAGGUUAGAACACUGCUGAAUCCUUUUUUAAAUGCAUUUACAUCAAUACAAAUACUCAAAUUAUUGGAUUUUUUUAAACUAUGUCUGACAUAAUUUAAUUCAUCAAUUACAUCAUACAUUCAAGUUAGCUUUUUAGCCAAGAUUUCAAAUAGUGGAGGAAGAAAGAAACAAUAUUCCAGGGUAAAACCUCCUAAAUGAAUAUCAAAACACAGAGUUUGUAAACACACAUGCUUGCAAACAAACAUUAGUCGUGAAAUCCCUAGCAACAAGUCACUGGAUUUUUCUCUGUCAGCGCGCGUGUCAGCUGCCAAAGAAUAGAUUUAACUGAAGAAGUGCCCACAUGCUGGCAGGGGCUGGCCCACUCUGGCCAGCCAGAUACUGCUAGAUUGUAAUAUUUAAGGUCGAAUUUCGACCUGUGGUACACAGCUGUGCUGUGGCUCAGUCAGCAACCUCAGAACUCUGAAAAACAAAAAAAAAAACAAAACAAAAAAAAAAGAAAAAAAAACCAUGCACCUGUUUCACUGUGAAUAGUGAAUGUAAAGGAAAGAAAGGAAAAACUGAAAGCUUGUUCUAUCACAGGUAUGAGCUGCUAUGUUACAUGAAGAACAUUCCAUGAAGUAUGUUUUAAAACCUUGUUAUAUCUGAGAGGCUUUAAAAGCCGACUUAACUGUUUCAGGGCAACCGCGGUACAGACGUGGUCUCUGUGAGACUUCCACCUGACCCCAGUUUUAAGUGGUACGAAUGUUGUGCAUUUAAUGUUAAAGGACAGUCUGCAAUAAUAAAGUAAGUAGCCAACGUGGGUGCCCAGCAGUGCUGAGACCUGGCUGCUCUAGUGUAAGCUUUGGAAACACAAUUUAUGCAACAAAUGUCCAGAUAUGAUUCUAUUUAUGGAAAAAGUUUAUAUGUAUUUUACAAAUGGUUUUACCAUCUUAUAUUAAAAUGACCUUUUGACAGGUGUGCACUGUUUUGUCUCCAGUGAGCACAUACCAUGCGGAUUUUAUAUGUACAUCAGUAGUGUGAAUCCACUGGCACAGUGUGUGUAAAUGCCAGAUGUGGUGAGAUUUUAUCUUAUAAAUGUGAUCAGAUAAAAUAACUCCUGACAGAAACUGUAAGGAAACCAGCUGAAUGUUUGACCUGAUGACUGAUGUUGUUGUAUGGUUUAUGUUAAAUGUAUAUUCUUUUAAUCAAUGAAUAAAGCAUUAAAAAGUGA